AUGGUACAUGUACGCUGCAAAUGGCAGCCCGUGACAGCAAGUCUCAGAGCCCAGGUCUACAGACUGGAUCGUCGAGUGCUAAAAAUAAUUGCAGCUCACGGAGGCCCUGGGGAGCAAACGGGGAAGAAAUUUGUAUAUGUUGAGCCACCUAAGAGAGUUAAGGAAGUACUUGAAGAAGAGCUUUAUUUUCGGAGAGAUGGAUGCCAAAUUAAACAUCCAGCUGCAGUGGCUCUGGAAGGAAUAUGGAGUGUGAAAAGAAAUUUCUCCGUGGGAGGCUUGAAGCCAGCAUCACAGAACAGAAACAGUUUACUUUCACAGCCCAAGUACUAUUCCAGGCACGGAGGAAUAAGAAGAUAGCCCCAAUGAAAAGCAACAUCUCUCUUUCUGGAGGACGUGGGUCAGGGCAGGCACCUCCAUGUGUUACCAAGCCUACAAUUAUUUUGUUCCAGCAAACUCAAAGUACCACAAUAUAGACCAUGUAUUAUAUUUUGUACAAUAAAAUAAUAAAGCCAUCUAUAUUGACACCUGAUCAGCUCUAAUGACAGAGCGCUCCAGCUAGAAGGUGUUGAAUGUGUAAAGGCGUGAUUGCCAAACCUGUCUAUUUGCAGGCAUUGGCAGGUACAGAUCAGCCACUCAGGUUUAUUGAUGUUUUUUUACCUCAAAUUAACAUAUUGGGCAAAUAAUCUUGUAAUAAGGCCUUGUCUACAUAGAAAAAUUGUAGCAGUAUAGUUAAGUGGCACAUUUCCCCUAGUGUGGGUGCAGUUAUAGCCAUAUAACGUGCUUAUCCCAGUAGAGCUUUUUCCCAUAUGGGAAGGGGCCUGGGGAAUAAGCAAUAGUGAUAUAAGACACCUUUAUACUGGUAUAACUGUGUCCACACUAUAGGUUAUACUGGUAUAGCUAUUUCGGUAAAAUAUCACACCCAUAGCUGACAUAGUUAUCCCAAUACUAUGUGAUCUGGCUUCAGCUCCCAUGCUCAUCAACACAUCCCUCUUCACACAUACAUACAGCAAUGACAGCAUCAGCUGUACACUCCCUCUCACCUGAGAGGGACCGGAGGAAUGCUAGAGUGGGGGGAAAGAGAAGCUGGUGAGAUCCUAGGGUAGAGAAGAGAGGAACUGGACACAGACUAGGGUAAUGGGGCAAGGGAGAAAAAUAAAGGGCACUGCAUAGGCAAGGAGCCUGCAAAGUUUAAUGGAGGAAUAAGGGGAUCCCCAGGAAAAAGAGGGAAGGGGCAAAAGAAUGGAAACCAGAGGUGUGAGGGAAGAGGCAAAUAUCCUGGUGGUAGAGAGACGGAAAAUUCACAGGAAAGAGUGGGACGAGGGGAAAGAGAGGACCAUCCAGAGACCAUGCAAUAUAGGAGAGAGACAAGGGAGACCAAAGUAGGAAAGAGCAAAAGAGGAGGAAUAAGGGGACAGAGGCAACCUAGGGGGAACAAGCAAGGUAGAUAACAGAACAGGGGGGCAAAUAGGAGAGAGGCAAAGAAGGAGAGGGAGGGAGAUGCUGCUUUUCAGGGGAAGGAAAGAUUCAAAUAAGAAAAUUAAAUAGAAAUGAGGGAAAAGCAAUAAAAUGGAUAAGAGAAGAGGAGGUUGGAAGAGAGGGAGAAUCAAGAAAAGAUGCCUACAAUGCGGACUGUAGUGAAUUUCCUGUAUUUAUUUCUGCUGCUAUAUUUUAUUGUCUUUCCUUGACAUUUGUCUUGUGGCCUGAAUUUUCAAAAGCAACUACGUUUUGGGUGCCCAACUUGAGACACCUUAGAGGGGCCUGAUUUUCACAAAAUGCUGAGCACCUGCCCUGUCAAAAUCUGGGCCCUUUUUGGUGUCUCCAAUUGGCCGCUCCAAAUCACUAGUCACUUCUGAAAAUGUAGGCCUGUCCAUCGAAAGUGUUGGGGAAAGUGAUGGGGUCACUGUUCUGCUCAAUUGUUACUGAACGUUGUAUUUCUUAGUCACCUUAUAUUACUGUAACAUCCAUGUCUGAGCUAAAAGGAAACCUGCAUGUAUCUUGGACAGCACAUUAGUUAGGACCUCCACAAUACAAGACGCAUUUACCACAUGUGAACAGUGAAAUGUAUUUGAAGGUAAAGUGUAGUUAAUGCUGGUAUUUUUGGCCCUCUUUUUGGCAAUUUUACUGUAAAGUGAUAC